GAGCUAUUUUAGCGCAGUGCGUCAGCACAAAGAGGAGCAGCGAUGGCAGCAGCGCUGAUCCACGCCGAGUUCGGGGAUGACUGCGACCUGUACGCAGUUUUCGGUGUGGAGCGCUCGGCCACCGACAAGGAGAUCACUCGGGCGUACCGUAAGCUCGCGCUGAAAUUUCACCCCGACAAACAGCGCGGAGAUGAGGCUUCGCGUGCCAAGGCGACGGGCAGGUUCCAGGCUGUGAGUGCCAUCCACUCGAUCCUGAGCGACAAGGAGGCACGCGCAGUGUACGACGAGUCGGGCACCAUCUUGUCGGACGACCACGACGACAAGUCCCCGUCGUUCCAGAUGUGGACGCAGUACUUUGCUCGUGUGUUCCCCAAGGUCACCAAGGAGGAUAUCACUAGGUUUGAGGGCGAGUAUCGCCACUCGGAUGAGGAGAAACGCGACGUGCUGGCUGCCUACACCAAAUACGAGGGCGAAAUGCAGCAUAUCAUGGACACGAUCAUGCUGUCUACAGACGACGAUGAAGAGCGCUUUGUCGAGAUGAUUCAGAAUGCCAUCAAGGCGAAGGGGGUGAAGAAUUUCCCGACGUGGCGCGAGUACGUGAAGGUGCAAUCCAAGAAGAAGAAAAAGAAAGAGACUCCAGCGGAGCAAAAGCGCAAGCAAGCGAAGCGAGAGAAGGAAGCGCGGGAGGCUGAAGAGCUUUUUAACAAAAUUCGUGGCAACCAACAGAAGCGAGGCGAGGGAUCAGGCAGCAGAGCGCUCAGUACCGAACGGAAGCGCGGGUUUGAAUCACUACUGGGCAGCUUGGAAGCCAAAUACGCUGAAAAAGGCAAGAAAUCGAAACGUGAGGCUGCACCGCGAGACCCUGGUGAGCCCAGUGAAGAGGAAUUCCUCGCGGCUCAGAAGAGGCUUAAGCGCAGCAGGAAGAAAUGAAUCGAGCGGAUUUCCGGACGUGUCAAGUCAGCACAACACUCAACAGCUUCAAUUAGAUUUUUCAUUGCACAUUAUCUUGCUGUGGCCGCUAUUGCACUUGUUGUAUUAUCCCUUAAACUCACUAAAGGUUGUGGCCGUGGGAGUCCCAGGAGCCGCAGUCUCACUGACUUCCACAGCAACUGGGAUUGGCUCACCGUUUUCCAUUGGAACACUCACGUACUG